UCCGGAAGUACAACAGACAUAAGUCAGUGCACGUCACUCAUUGCCAACAGAUUGAUAUUUCUUCGUAUGUGAACAUUUAUGAUAUCGUCGGUUUUAGCGACGAAACAUAUUGCUAAUAAGUGCGAAACAUUGUGAUACAACUAAAUUUAGUGUUAGAUAAUCUAGUACAAUUUUAAUAAAUUCGAAAUGUUUAUCUGGGAUUGGUUCACUGGUGUACUAGGGUUUCUUGGGUUGUACAAGAAGUCCGGUAAGCUCCUUUUCCUGGGUUUGGAUAAUGCUGGCAAGACAACACUGCUGCACAUGUUGAAGGAUGACCGACUUGCACAGCAUGUACCCACAUUACAUCCUACAUCAGAAGAGCUGUCGAUAGGGAGCAUGCGGUUCACGACCUUCGACCUCGGCGGGCAUCAGCAGGCGCGGCGUGUGUGGCGCGACUACUUCCCCGCCGUGGACGCGAUCGUGUUCCUUGUGGACGCCUGCGACCGAGCGAGGCUGGUAGAGUCCAAGAACGAGCUCGACUCGCUCCUCACCGACGAGACGCUCAGCAACUGUCCCGUGCUCAUAUUGGGCAACAAAAUCGACAAACCCGGCGCAGCCAGCGAGGACGAACUGCGCCAGUUCUUCAACCUCUACCAACAGACUACUGGAAAGAAUAAAGUGUCGCGCUCGGAGUUGCCGGGGCGGCCGUUGGAGUUGUUCAUGUGUUCGGUGCUGAAGCGUCAGGGUUAUGGAGAAGGUUUCCGUUGGCUAGCGCAGUACAUAGACUGAACGAAGUAGCCCGCUCGGCCCUAUGCCCCCACACACACCGCUUCCUUAUAUCCCCUCCUUCGUAGCCCCGUGUACAAGACACUGCUCGGGGCCAACGACGUGAUCGACUCUUACGUUUACUCCGUUUAUUACGUACUGACAAUAAUGACAUCACAUUUUAAUGGUUUUAUUUAAUACAAUUGUUCUUAUUAUAGAAAUGUUUUAUUUUAGUUGAUAGACAGUCAAGUACGGCGGGACCCGUGUGGUUCCGAAACGUGUCUAGUGAAAAGAUUGGGCCCAAUAAUAGGAUAUCUAAACAAGUGUCAGUUGUAAUAAACGGUCGCAAUGUGUGUGUAUGGGGUUACUUUUUUUUUUAAACUAGCCUAAUUCUCGUCUACUAGUAAUGCAAGAAUUCGGCUCCUUAACCUUUCCAUCCACAUUUUUUUUUUCGAAAUUAUUGCACAUAAAAUAAAAGUUGCUAUUAAUUUUACGAAUAUAUAUUAUAUUUAAUCAAUAUGUACUUACCGAAACAAAUCAGAGUACAAAAAUAAUCAUAUUGCCAUUUGGUUGUGAGCCAGGCGUUACUAGUUAUUGACGUACGUUCUACAGCAGUUUUUUAAAAUAACUUCGCCUCAAAUAGCUUUCAUUGUUAUGUAUUAUUGUUUAGUUUCUCAGGGCGGAACGUUUAAAGGAGCGGGUUAGGUACCGCCGUCAUCAGAUGCUUUGGUAAGUGAGUGCUUACGAUAGGUUUUAUUUAAUGCCUACUUUAAGGGCCUUUAAUUUUCAUUACAACAAUCAUACAUCAUGGUUGCAGUGGACUCACGAUCCUUACAGCACAGCUGUCUUCAGUGUAGAUUUGUUAAACUUACUCAUAUACUACUACCUGUAUAAUGUAAUUAUUUCUUUAUUUGAAUUGUUUUAUCUACAUCAUAUGUUAUUUCCUUUCGGUUUGCGAGACCGCAGUCGAUGUCAUUGGGUUCUGUAUAUUUAAUUCGAUUUUGAUGCAAGUAUAUGUAAUAUCUGAUUUUCGGAGUUUUCUUAUUCAUAAUAUAUUUUUUGUAUUCGUCCUUGUAGCGGUAGGUAUUAUACAUUUCAUUAAUUUCCAUAUAAUCGCAAUAUUAUUUUUUUUGGUAUAUUUAUGGAAGAGGUAAUAUCAUUCCGACAUUUAAGUCAACUCAUUGUGUUGUAUAUUUGUAAACGCGACAUGUUUAUUAUAUUUUUGUAAAAUAUUUCCGUCAUUCAUCUCGGUCGGGUGUGUAUUUGAAUGUCAUUCAGAUACGUGAGAAUAUAACGAAACGGCUGGUCUAGUACGUUUGUCAUUCAUGUUGAUAUACAAAAGAUUAUAUAAUAUUUUCUGCAGUCUGUUAGUUUACGCUUCGUAUUUUCGUUUUGUGUGCACAAUUUAUAUAUAAUAUAUUAUUUUUCUCAAGUGCGGAAUAUCGAAUCAACUUUUAUUACUACGACAAGCCGUUUCUCAGACACUGGUUUAAGUCCAAAAACAGUUUGUAAUAAAAUUUUUAUGGCAGAA